AUGCUCAAGGACAAGCUAUACAUCGCCGUCGGCAAGCUAGAGUCGAGCAGUAUCAAGGAGGUUGUCGAACAGCUUGAGCGUUGGCAGAGGAUCUUUGAUCCAACUUGGCUACUCGUCUUUCGCACCCAUAACAUCAUCAUAGAUGCAAAGCUGCAAACUGAACUAGAAGCUUCGUCACGUACCGGGCCGAUCAUCGAGCGAAUCGGCUCUCAAAAGCGAUACCUCGUCAACUCGAUCCCAUGUGACUCCAACAUGGAUAUCGCCAGCGUCAGAGCAGACUCUGAAGACUUGGCCAGGAAGCUGCACCAGAUCAAUUCAGAUGACUGUGGUCUUCUAGCUUGCUAUGGACUCGUCAAGAGAAGAGGCCCGGGUCAGCGAAAGAUCAAUUCGCUAGAUUUGGUCUUUCAGAUGCCCCAAAAAGAUGCUACACCGGUUACCUUGAGAGAACGCCUCAUGCAACCCCAGGCCUUCAGCCUCACUGAAGCACUCGAUUUAUCAAGGCGUCUCGCGAGAGCAGUCAGUUACGUUCACGCCUACCACUUUGUCCACAAGAACAUUCGACCCGAAAACGUUCUACUAUUUCCUAAAAACGAAUCCGACACAUCUCUGGGAUCGGUCUAUCUACUCGGCUUUGACUCCUUUCGCAGCAUCAACUUCCAGACUCUAUUCGAGGGUGACAUCACCUGGGACGGUAACCUCUAUCGACACCCUGGACGUCAAGGCCUUCGUGCCCACGACAAGUAUAUCAUGCAGCAUGAUGUGUACAGUCUUGGGGUGUGUUUGCUAGAGAUUGGUCUCUGGGCGAGUUUUGUACAGCACGGCGGCGAGACGGUUCCAGGUGAGGCCUUGGGCUUGACGAUGGAGGAUUUUGGCAAGAUACAAGAGACCGGCGAGCCGUCUCCCUUCAUUAAGGAUCAUCUUGUGAAGCUUGCAGAGUCUAGGCUGCCGAUGAAGAUGGGCGAUAGGUACACGGCAGUUGUCGUCACGUGUCUGUGCUGUUUGGACGAUGACAAUGAGGACUUUGGGGAGGAGAGCGAUAUGCGGGAUGACGAUGGGAUCUUGAUAGGAGUCAAGUUUGUUGGAAAGGUUCUGAUGCGACUAAACGAGAUUUCUAUUUAG